AUGAUGUAACCAGAUUAACAAUCAAAAUCUCCCUAAAAAUCAGAAAAGGAGACAAGCAACAAGCCUAGUGAUAUGUAAUUAGAUGAAUAUACCCUUGAACUGGCAAAACAAGUGUUGCUUGAAUCAAGGGAGGUAAAAUUAGAUGAAGAUGGCUAUGAUCCUAUGGACCCAUACGCCUAGCAGGCCAAACUGAUAGAUUAAAAAGAAAAAGCUAGCAAAGAGCUGAAGGAACGUGAAAAGAAAGCUUAAAAACUUAGGGAUAUGCAGAGAUAAAAGUUUUAGGAAUCGUAAUUCAGUAGUAAUGAUGAUGAAAAGGGAGAGUUCAAGAAGGUUUUUAGGGUAAUUAAACUAAGUGUAUGCGCAGCAGUAGCGUUAUACUCCAUUUUUCAGGCUUUAGCUAAGAAUGAAGGUGAUCUUAUAGAUAGAAACCUAGUCUCUGAGUUCUUUGGAAUGAAAAACCUGAUAGCCACAUUGAAAGAAUCAUGGUUCUUGAUUUUGAUUGUAUUUAUGUACUACUUUGCCAGGAAAUACAAUGACAAGCUUGAUAAGGAGGAGAUGGAAUACUUAUAAUAGUAGAAGAGGGAGUAAAGUGGGGAACUAGAUGAAAUACAGGAGCAGGCUGAGGAUUAGGAAGAAGAUGAUACCAAUGAUGAAGAUGGAGCAUAAUCAAUGAAUAAAGAUAGCAAUACUAAUGAAGAUGAAUUAGACAAUCGAUAGUAGGUUAAAGGAGAUCAUAUUGGCAUGAAUACAAAGAAAAACUAAUGA